AUGUGCUUAGUGUCAACUGGAAUCAGAGACACUUUCAAAUACAUCAAUACUGUGGUGUCUGCUCUUGUAUUCAUCGUUGGAAUAGUUGGAAAUUCAGCACUCUUGAGAAUCAUAUAUGAAAACAAAUGUAUGAGAAGUGGGCCUAACAUUCUCAUUGCCAGCCUUGCUUUGGGAGACCUGCUGCAUAUCGUGAUAGACAUUCCAAUCAACUCUUACAGGCUCAUGGCUGAGGACUGGCCGUUUGGUUUGGCGCUCUGUAAACUAGUCCCUUUCAUCCAGAAAACAUCUGUUGGAAUCACAGUGCUGAGUUUAUGUGCCUUGAGCAUUAACAGGUAUCGAGCUGUUGCAUCCUGGAAUCGAAUCAAAGGCAUUGGGGUUUCAACGUCGACAGCGGUAGAAAUAACUUUGAUAUGGGUGAUAGCAACAUUCCUGGCUGUGCCUGAAGUUGUCGGCUUUGAUCUGAUAACAAUGGAGUAUCGAGGACGGCAUCUGACAAUAUGUCUUCUUCACCCCACACAGACCAAUCACUUCAUGCAGUUUUAUAAAUCAGCAAAAGACUGGUGGCUCUUCGGCUUCUACUUCUGCACGCCGCUGGCUUGCACGGCUGUCUUCUACACUCUGAUGGCCCGGAAGAUGUUGAGGAAGAAUGAGAAUACCCUGAGGAACUAUACCAUACAGAGACGAGAAGUGGCCAAGACGGUGUUUUGCUUAGUGCUUGCGUUUGCCCUCUGUUGGUUACCGUUGUACCUGAGCAGAAUCUUAAAACUCACCAUUUAUGAUGAGAAGGAUCCUAAGAGGUGUCAGCUACUGAGUGGCUUUCUUGUCCUGGACUAUAUUGGCAUUAAUAUGGCAUCGCUGAACUCCUGUAUCAACCCUAUCGCUCUGUACAUGGUCAGCAAACGAUUCAAAACCUGUUUCAAGAAAUGCAUACGUUGUUGGUGCAUACCUCCUGAAGUAUUGACGCUUGAAGAGGUGCCGUCUAUCAUGAAGUCAAAGGUGCAGGACCAAGCCUCUGAGCACAGCAACACUAGAGCUAAUAAACCCACCCCCACUUGAAUAAGAGGACACUUGAAUGUUUAAACAAUAUAUAUUACUAUGACAUAUUCACUGAGGGGUUUUUUCUAUGC